CCUAAUAAUUGGUUUUGCGAGCUGGCCCAACUCUAUUAACGGAGUCCUGUUCCUCGACCGCCACCGAGAACCGCCACCGCCAAAAAAUAAAACGUAUCUGCAUAUACAGUUCCGAAUUGAAACGGAACCCAAAUACUCAACUUUCCGCACAAUUCAUCUAUGGAUACCCAUAUUCCAAACCUCAAAUCCCAGUCAAUGCGAGUCCUUGUUCGCCCCCCGAAUCCUACACCUCCAGUCUCGCCCCACCCACUACCACCACCAACACCACCAGAUCCCCCUCAAAACGGUGUCGUCGUCGUGGGGUUUAUUGGAAGACGUCACGAGGACGUGGCCCAGCUUAUGAACCGAAUCAUUGACUCCAAUGUGUUUGGCUCGGGGAAUUUGGACAAGCCAUUUCGCAUUGAAGAUGAAAAAAAUAACGCGGAGAUAAAGAAAUGGUUGGAAAGCAGGAAAUUGAGUUUUUUUCAGGACGAGGACAAGGGAAUUCUGUACUUGCAGUUUGCCUCUGCUCGGUGUCCAGUAAUGGAUGGUUCGUUGGAAUCCCAAUUCGGGUUGGAUUCGGUUUUCGAGGACCAAGAGCUCGGGGAUCUUCAGGGGUUGCUUUUUAUGUUCUCUGUUUGUCACAUAAUUAUACUUAUCCAAGAGGGAUCACGCUUUGAUACUAAGAUUUUGAAGAAGUUUCGAGUGUUGCAAGCUGCUAAACAUGCAAUGGCUCCAUUUGUGAAAUCACAAAACACGGAGCCUGUUACAUCUGGGUUACGUUCUUCAUCUUCACGGAUCUCUCUGUCUGGAGCAUCAUCAAAUAAUCCUUCCCCUGUUAAAAGCCGAGGCAUUUUAAAUCGUAAUGCUUCAACAAUCACACUAAUGUCCGGUUUAGGGUCGUACACUGCUUUGCUACCUGGACAAUGCACUCCUGUUAUACUUUUUGUUUUUCUUGAUGAUUUUUCUGAUAUUCACCAAAGUGGUAAUAUGGAAGAGCAUACAGAGACCUCUUUGUUAAACCAGUCUUCAAGUUUGAAUAGUUUGGCUAGACCAACCAUGACCACGAAAGGAUCUGGGUCAGUUGUUGUGCUUGCACGACCUGUAAAUAAAAUUGAAGGUGGACCAAGGAAGAAAUUGCAGUCAUCCCUUGAGGGACAGAUUCGUUUUUCAAUAAAAAAAUGUCGGACGCUUUCAGGUUCCGAAACCACCCAUGCUGGGUCAAGAAAUGGAGGCAUUUCUAGUUUGGCUCCACUGUUUUCCCUUGACGCAUCAAAGGCUGUAGCACUUCUAGAUGUUUGUUUAAAUCAAAGCGGUGAAUCUCUUGAGUUUGCCAUUGGCAUUAUAGAAGAUAUUUUGAAAGGGAAGAUGACUUCAGAUUCUCUUUUGCUUGAAAGCCACAGCCAGAGUGCAAACAGAGAGGACAUUCUAUCUGUGAAGGAGUUCAUCUAUAGACAAUCUGAUAUCCUAAGAGGGAGAAGCAGCUUGGUCACGAGCACUGCCAGUAGCUCAGCUGCUGGUGUUGGCAUGGUUGCCGUUGCCGCAGCUGCAGCUGCUGCCUCUGCUGCUUCUGGAAAAUCAUUCACUGCUCCUGAGCUUCCAAGUUUGGAGAUGUGGUUAUCUUCCUGUCAGCUUAUUCUACAUGGAAUUCUUUCAGCGAGACAUGGGUGUAUGGAUAAAAUUGAAAUCAAUCCAUCUGGAGAAAAUGCACACAAAGCUUCUGAUCCUUUAGAGUCUGCAGUAUCUUAUUUGGAGAGUGGUAUAGGACUGAACACUAAAUUUUCCACUUCGUGGUGCCAAAAGGCUCUUCCAGUUGCUAAAGAGGUUUAUUUAAAUGAAUUGCCCCCUUGUUAUCCAAGUUGUCAGCAUGAGGCUCAUUUGAAGAAGGCUCUGCAUGCAUUUAAUUCGAUGGUCAAGGGACCUGCUGUGCAGCUUUACAUGAAAAAAUUGGAGGAUGAAUGCACAUCCAUCUGGAGUUCUGGAAGGCAACUAUGUGAUGCAGUUAGUCUCACAGGAAAGCCUUGCAUGCACCAAAGGCAUGACCAGAAAACGCUUAUGGCAGAUGAUUUCAAGCCUCAUUCCAGUGGCUAUGUAUUCCUCCAUGCGUGUGCCUGUGGUCGUUCUAGGCUACUGCAACCAGAUCCUUUUGAUUUCGAAACAGCUAAUGUUAUAUAUAGUUGUUUUCCUGACUGUGAAAAGCUUCUUCCAGCUGUUAAACUUCCCCAAGUGAGCAUUAAAGACCCAGUUCAACCUUCGGCAUGGUGUUUGGUCCGAAUUGGGGGUGCAAGGUACUAUGAGCCUUCUAAAGGUUUAUUCCAGAGUGGUUUCUGUGCAACUCAGAAGUUUCUUAUGAAGUGGACUAUAUUUCUUGAGAAGCAAGAAGGCACAAAUCAUUCACCACUAAAUGGCUUGGAGCAAGUUUCCUUAAAUAGGUUAGGUAACAACAUAAAGGCUGAAGCUGUUGCAGAAGCAGAAACCAAGACGUCUGGUUCUGCUCAGUUGCAAACUGGCAGAAUACAAAGUGGAGGUGGAAUGCCAAAAAGGCCCUCUUCAGAUAAUAUCAAAGUUGAUGAUAAAAACAUCAGUUUUGGUAGAGGGUUAUACAACUUUACAAUGAGAAAACCAUUUUCCGAAGUUGUUGCUGGAUCAGCUGCUACAAACUCUGGUUUUCCGCCACUCCUAUCAAGAAAACCACCUCUACCAGAUGCAGAAAAGGGUGUCAAGCAACAUGGUCCAAGAUACAGGGGUACGGAGAAAAUUAGUGAAACUUCUCAUAAUCAAGAAUCUCAAAAAGUUGACAAAACUCCUGCCAUUGAUGAAUCAUUGAAUGGUAAUGAGACUGUUGUUGAUGCCUAUGGAGCUGGUAAUCCAUUUUUAAAUAAAACGAGUGUAAAUAUGAAUGGCAAUGACAAGAUUAAAGUGCCCACUUCUUUGAAGCAUGUCACAAUAUAUGUUGGGUUUGAACAUGAGUGUCCUCGUGGGCACCGGUUUAUAUUGAAUCAAGAUCAUCUCAAUGAACUUGGUUCUCCUUAUGCGGUUCCUGAAAAGUCAACAGUGGGAAAUUCUGACCACAAAGAAGAACCUGCAAAUUUGGGUAAAAUAGGUGGCCAUGGUAAAACACGGAGACAGUCAAAUGGGGUAGUUUCUGGUGGUAGUGGUAAGGCAAGAACCUUGGAGAAGUCAAAAGGGAGAGUAGCUAACCAACAAUUAUAUAAUGACAAGCACACGCAAUAUACAAGACCACCAAAAGAGCACAUUGGCGUAUCAGCAGUUACUGCUUCUGUGAAAGAUCUUGAAUCUAGCCUUCAACCUGCUGCUCUUGAUGAUGGUGGAUGCGCCUUCUCCAUGUUAAAUAGAAGUUUACCAGUAUAUAUGAACUGUCCGCACUGCAAGGAUUCAAUGAACAAGAAAGAUCCAUCCAAUAAUAAAUUUGCCAGUGCUGUUUCACAGCUGCAGAGGAUCUUUGUGGUCACACCUCCCUUUCCUGUAAUUUUGGCAGCAGGCCCAGUUAUACAAUUUGAGGCAUCAUGCUUACCUACCUCUGUUGUUGACUCUGAAAAAGAACUACAGUUCAGCAUGGGUUGUCAAGUGAUUUUGCCUCCGGAGAGUUUCCUCUCACUGAAGCUACCUUUUGUUUAUGGUGUACGACUGGAGGAUGGAAGUCUGCAUUCUCUUAAACCUUCUGAACAUCAACCUCAUAUGACUGCCUGGAUUACCGAAGGAACAACCUUGCAAGUCGUGUCAAAAAUCAGUCCUGAUCAAGGAAGACUGGUAUAAUUAAUAUCGAAGAACUUUUGAUUUACACUGGAGAUUCACUUCUGCUCUUAGUUUGUGAAGUUUGAAUUCUUGGAGAGCUCUCUGGGCAUCAGAGCACCUAUCAGUCCUAAUUUAUCAUGGGGUAUGAGACGGACAAGAAUUCCAGGUUGACACGAGCCCAAAGGAUAACACCUGUGCAAGAGAGAAAAAACAUGCACAAGCCCAAAUGGAGUAUCGGAAGGCAGCUGCUACCUGGGCCAAGAUCUUUCCAAAAUCUUGCAUCUCUUGCCCUUCCCAUGCUGUGAUCGGUUAGAAGAGUGAUUAGCGAGGGCUCUUUAUUUCAAUUAAGGAGUUCAAAUUGAAGUCAGAUUUCCUUGGAAGAUCAUUGGCAAGGAGGCUUGAAGAAUUGUUUUAAAAGGAAAAACCGCUGGAAGAAUGAAAGGAACUCAUUGCACUAUAGUUAUAGCUCAGCACCUAUCAAGAAGUCUCACUGCACUCCAAGAAUCGCAAUGGUCUAGACAAGGGAAAUUGAAGAUUUACUUUGUUCUCUCAUAUUUUCUCUUUUCUUUUUUUGAUCCAUAUGACAAGUUGAUGUGUGUGUAAAGAGAGAGAUUGAAAUGUCAGAAACAAGAGUUCGGAGAACAUCAAACAAUGUGGAAACUAUUUCGCCUAUGAUAGGAAUGCUAUUUGUUAUCAUCAUCAUUAUAGGUGGAAAUACAAAGACGUUUAUGUUCAAUUUUAAUGUGGGGGCAUAAAACCCAUUUCAUUUGACA